UAAAUGCUUCUGGAAAAAAAAAAGGUGGAAGGGAAUGAGAAGUAGGGCCUUAGAGUAGAAAGCCAUUUUUUAUUUAUUCCUUGAUUUGUAUAACCCCCGUGAGUAAAGACUAGAUCACCAGUCAGGGAGAAGAACCCUAUGAUACCUGAAGAGCAAAAUCUGUUAAAGAUGCCAUUGAUCAAGUCGUUCUCAACCUUUCUAAAGCUAGGGCCCCCUAACAUAGUCCCACAUGUUAUGGCGACCCCGACUAUAAAAUGAUGCCACUGCUACUUCGUAAGUGUAAUGUUGCUAGUUAUGAAAAGUGACCCCUGUGAAUGGGGUCGCGACCCACAGGUUGAGAACCAUGGCUUUAAACCCACGGGAAAUUACCUGAAGUUUGAGCUUUAGAACAAUGAUAACUCUGACAGAGUGCCAGCCUUUCCUCAACACAACCCAAGGUGCCACCCACAUAGGCACAAACACAGGGCAAACACAGGAACUAACCUGGUAAGGCCUGGAUGGCAAGUGGCGCUGGCUGUCAGGGACCUCCUGGAAACACCAGGGCGACAGCACAGGUAUCCCACUAAUAAACCUAGGGACCAAGGCCACUUGAUGUUCCUCUGGGCACAGAGGACUUACUCUGCCCACCCUGAUCUCAGUAGACACUCUGCUGGCAAGGGGAGAACGUCUGUCUGGAAGAACCCUUGGACUCCGUCCAUCUCAGGCCUAAGUGGAGGCUUCUCAUGGACAACAAGGGAGCCAGGAGGGAGGAAGUCGAGGGUGGGGCAGGGUGUGACCCAUAGUCUUUGUGACUUGGUGUAGUCUGAGUGCCCGGGUUGUCUGUGUGACCCUGGCAGGUGCGUGGGAGAUGUGGAGCAGGAGCACAUGACCCAGGCGAGGGUCGCAGGCACUUAAGGACUAAUCCUGACGCAUGGCCUGCUCCGUCCAGGGACUUAGUCCCCGCCCUCGCCCCCGACCCCACCCCCGCCCAGGCCCUGGCCGCUCCUUGGACCGUAACACGGGACUGGAUCUAGAACCAAGGUUCUGUGUGAAAGCCAGCAACAGCGUCCGGACUGCGUCUCGGGUGCCCUCUUUGCGCCGCUGUCAGCGGAUUCCUCUUUCACGCAGCCCCCCGCAGUCUCUGCCGCCUGUGCGUCCACGAAGCCCCACACCCAGAGUGGGGCGCCGCUCAGCACGCCGAAAGCUCCGCCGCCAGCGCCACGGGUCUGCACAAUGCAUCGCGCAGGCAAGGCCGGUUGCCCUGGGCAACCGCAAGACGCCUGGCCGCUCGGGCCGCCGCUCCGCUGCCGCAGCACGCGCUGUAGGGCGGGUCCCAGCAGGGGCUGGGGGCCAGAGAAACCAGCUACGAGAGGCAAGCAUGGAGAAUGGAGAGAGGAAGAAGCUGACUUCCACUUUGUCCGAUGGAGAUCACAAAGAAGAAAAUAAGUUAAAACAAGGAAUUCCCCAAGAUUUGUCUUCUUCCCCCAAAUUAGACAGAUACAAAAUAGCAAGACAGUUAACAGAGAAAGCCAUCAAGGAGAAGAAGAUUUUCUCCAUCUACGGACACUACCCUGUCAUCCGGGCCACGUUGCGGAGAAAGGGCUGGGUGGAGAAGAAGUUCAAUUUCUUUCCCAAACCUCUUCAGAACGUUGAAGGUGAAGAUAAAAGUGCUGAGACCAAAGAAAAUCAAGAAAUAGCCCUGGAAAGAUUCGAUGAUAUUCACGAUGUGAUGUCCAGGUUGGUAAAGAACGAGAUACCGUACCUCCUCUGGACCAUCAAAAGGGAUGUCGUGGACUACCACAGCCUGACGUGUGACCAGAUGCUAAACCACUAUGGGAAGACAGCAUCAUUCACGACCAAGAUUGGACUCUGCCUGAACAUGAGGAGUCUGCCUUGGUACGUCCAAGCCAACCCGAACACCUUCUUCCCACGUUGCUAUGGCCUUUGCACUGAGAGCGAGAAGCAGGAAUUCUUGGAUGACUUCCGGCGUACAGUGGCUGCCAGCAUCCUCAAGUGGGUAGUCCAUCACCAGAAUUACUGCAACAGAGCCAAGGGCAAGAGUAAGAAGGAGGAGGCCAAGAAUGGUGACCCCAGCCCCAAGAAAGAUCCUGAUAAUCCUGACCUCAAGUUACCAAGCCUCUCAGGACAGGUUGUAGACACAGCAUGCAAGGUGUGCCAGGCCUACCUGGGACAGCUGGAGCAUGAGGACAUCGACCUGUCAGACGCGAGCGCCGAGGCCUUGUCCGAGGAGGAAUGGAACGACCUGACACAACAAUACUACUUGCUGGUUCAUGGCAAUGCUUCCAUCACGGAUUCGAGAAGUUACUUUGCGCAGUGCCAAGCUCUGCUGAGUAAGAUCAGCUCUGUGAACCCCCAGACCGAGAUUGACGGGAUACGGAACAUCUGGAUCAUUAAGCCUGCAGCCAAGUCCCGGGGCCGAGAUAUUGUGUGCAUGGACCGUGUGGAGAACAUCCUGGAUCUGGUGGCCACAGACAGCCAGACCACGAAGGACAACAAAUGGGUGGUCCAGAAGUACAUCGAGACCCCGAUGCUCAUCUAUGACACCAAGUUUGACAUCAGACAGUGGUUCCUUGUCACAGACUGGAAUCCCCUAACCAUCUGGUUCUACAAAGAGAGCUACCUCCGGUUCUCCACGCAGCGCUUCUCCCUGGACAAACUGGACAGCGCCAUCCACCUGUGUAACAACUCCAUCCAGAGGCGUCUCAAAAAUGACAAAGAACGAAGUCCACUGCUACCUUGCCAUAACAUGUGGACCAGCACCCGCUUCCAGGAGUACCUGCAGAAGAGGGGCCGAGGAGGCACAUGGGGUAGUAUCAUCUACCCGUCUAUGAAAAGAGCUGUCACCAACGCCAUGAGGGUGGCCCAGGACCAUGUAGAAGCCCGUAAGAAUAGCUUCGAGCUCUAUGGAGCAGACUUCAUUCUGGGGCGAGACUUCAAGCCCUGGCUCAUCGAGAUCAACUCCAGCCCCACCAUGCACCCCUCCACUCCUGUCACAGCUCAGCUCUGCGCCCAGGUGCAGGAGGACACCAUCAAGGUUGUGGUGGACCGAAAACUGGACCGAAACUGUGACAUCGGCAACUUUGAGCUUCUGUGGAGGCAGCCUGCCGUGGAGCUGCCACCGUUCAAUGGGUCUGACCUCUGUGUGGAAGGUAUCAGUGUGAAGAAAGCCAAGAAGCAAAUGCCGCCCAUUGCCAACCUCGGCUUUUCAGACUCGCUCUUAGAUGCUCCAACCAAAGCGCGGAGCGCCCGGCCCCUGCCGGAGACAGUGAUUGGGCCCUCCAGAAUGACCGUGAGACCGGACUGGAAACGGGAAGAGGCAAAGGUACUUUCAAACACCUGGUCGGCGCCAGUAAUGGCUGCUGAGGUCAGAGGUCAAGCAAAGCCCACCUAUGCAUUCGACGUCAAUAACUACCAACAUGUAGACAGUAAGGCCUAUAAGAGCACUUUUACCAAAGUCCAAUCCGGUAAACACUCAGAGGUAAACUUAAUAAGUGCGCAGUACCCUGCCCUGGUGCUACAGAAUAUGCAGAGGACCCAGUCUCCACCACCCAGAGCGUCAGGUAGCCGUAGGGACUCUAUGCCUUUCUGUCCCAUUGUAUUUGAGGAGCUCUGGCUCCACCCCAGCUCUCAGAGAAGACCUUCAAGCUGCAUUCUCCAAAACAGGGCACAGGGCUGGAUCAGGGGUAUCCCCUGAGAGGAUCUCACAAGCAAAGGGGUGCGGGGGCGCACUGGCACUGACCUGGGCAGACACUAGGUGUAAUGUUGGCCAAGGCGGGUAGCAUACUUACUCCUGUCGCAAUAGUGGGGUGUCCAGUGGGGUUUCCUCAGUACUCUUGUUUCCUCAGAUAGAGCAGGGAUCCAGGGACAGGAUAUAGCGCUCAGACAGCAUCACGUGCCAUGAAUGUGCAAGGUGGAGGGAUCACUGAGCUCUUGCACACGCUUUCCUGAAGAUUCAGGUGGCGAGGACACAUCUGUGGUAUGGGCUGAAGUAGCUGAGCUGUGUUUAUACCCAGGACUUCAUGUGGCCACCUGUUAACUGGCAUUGGCUCGGAGAGUGUUGCCUCAGGCCCCCACUUUGCUCUGUUAAAGGAUGCUUGUGCCCCCAAGCUGUAUCCCUCUACCUAGUUAGUUUCUCUUUCUUACUGCCUCCCCCACCCCACCUGGUCCUGUCUAUAGCUCUCUUCUCUGUGCCCCUGGAUGGGAAGGUCUGGAGUAGGGUCUCUCACUGCCCUCUUUGCAGCCGUACCCUACUGCCAAGGAUGGCAGUGAUGUGUGUCAGGUGGACACAGGGAUGUUGCCAGUCGAGGCUUUCGGUGAGCGGGGAGCAUCUGGGUCAACCUCCAUGCCUGUGCCUAAGCCAUCCUGUGUGGAUAACUCUGCAAAUGUGUCUCUAGGAACCCUGGGACUGCGCACCUACAGACCUCUUCCUGUAGGGAAAUGUCAGCAGAAGCAACAGCUCUAGCUGACAAUUUGAGUGUCUCUGUAACAAUAACCACACACACGGGUAGCUAAAAAGGGAAGGUUUAACUCUGAUAACCAGGUCAACAAAACCAUGCUGCUGAGGACAGUAGAGACCGUCUCCCCUACAGUUCCUGGUGCCCGCCAGUGAUCUCUGAUGACUGGUGCUUGCUUCGUUCCUGCACUGAUCUCCAUGCGGGCAUAUGCCUUCCAGUGUCUGUUUAGCAUUCCCUUUCAUAAGAAUAGCAAUCAUCGUGUUAGACCUCCCACCCGCAUUUUAGUAUGACCUCAUUCCGUCAUAGCAUCAGCAAAGACACGAUUUCCAAAGAGGAAGGACAAAAAUCUGGGAGGAUGCGAAUUUCACCCCCAUUGCAGGUAUAGAUUGUACCAAUUCACACUCUGGCCAGCACCCUACGGGCAGCUGUUGCCUGCAACACUGCUGUUCCUGCCUCUUGUGAAGUAUUAGUAAGCUUCCUGCACUUGAUAGCGAAGUGAAAUUAUCUACUGUCACAUAUUCAGCAACCACUCUGGUUUCUUCUAGAAAGUUCUGGCUUGCAUCUUUGGUCAACCGUCCAGAGGACCCUGGGUCCCACUUUUCUCUUACCUGUCAUAGUUUCUGUUAAAGACUCCCCCUGUUCUGUUGCAUUUUUGUUACGAAACAUUGUUUCCUACCCUGUAAAUGGUCUUUUCACUUCUUCCUGGUGUUUUUCUUUUUAUGUAAGACCAUCUUAACUUUAAUACAAUCAGUUUAACCAACA